CUAUGACACUACUCGCCCACCUUCUGACAAGGAUCGAUUUGUUAUUGUAUUUUACAACAUGCAUUGCCUUAUUUAUCUACUGGAUUACUGGAUCUAAGAAGAGCAAAGGAAAGAUGCCUCCGGGCCCCAGACCUCUUCCUUUAAUUGGAAAUCUCAAUCUGGUGGACCUGAAAAAGCCAUAUGAGUCACUAAUGGAGCUCUCUGAGAAGUAUGGAGAAAUCUUCACUAUACACUUUGGACCCAAGAAGAUGGUGGUGAUCGCAGGAUACAGCGCUGUGAAGGACGCCCUUGUCAAUCAAGCUGAUGAUUUUGGAGAAAGAGCAGAUAUGCCAAUCUUCAAACUAUUAUUUAAAGAAAAAGGUAUAGUAUUUAGUAAUGGAGAACCAUGGAAAGCCAUAAGGAGGUUCGCACUCUCAACCCUUCGAGACUUUGGAAUGGGGAAGAAAACAGUAGAAGCCAAAAUACAAGAUGAAUUACUUCCUCUUAUAGAAAAUUUCAAGUUGCACAAUGGGAAGCCGUUUGACACCAACAUCAUAAUGAAUAGUGCAGUAUCUAAUGUUAUCUGCUCUAUCAUCUUUGGGAAAAGGUUUGAAUACGAUGACCCAGUGUUUAAAAAGCUAGUUGGAAUUAUAGGUGAAAAUGCCAAACUGCUGGGAACACCCAAAUUGAUGAUGUUUAACUUUUUCCCUUACAUCUCAACUCUUCUUGGCAUACAUAAGAAAGCCAUGCAAAACAUAAAUGAUCUCAGUGAGUUUAUUUUAAAGCGCUUCAAAUAUCAGAAGCAGGAGUUUGAUACAAAUGAUAUCUCUGGAUAUAUUGAUGCAUACAUUAUGAAGCAGGAAUCGGGCAAACCUGAAAAGUAUUUUGACGAUGAAAAUCUAGUGUACUCAGUUCUGGAUCUCUUUGCAGCUGGGACAGAAACAACAGCUACAACACUACGCUGGGGCAUGUUAUUGAUGAUGAAGUAUCCAGAAAUACAAAAAAAAGUACAAGAGGAAAUCCGGACACAUAUUAAACAAGGACAGAUGCCUACAGUGGAUGAUCGCAGGAAUAUGCCUUAUACUGAAGCAGUGAUACAUGAAAUUCAGAGGUUUGCUAAUAUCGUUCCUCUGAAUGUGUCACACAGAACUCCAAGUGAUGUGUAUUUUCGAGGAUACUGCAUCCCAAAGGGUACAGAGGUCAUUCCUUUCCUCACAUCUGUGUUGUAUGACAAGACUCAGUGGAAGACACCUUAUGAAUUUAACCCAAAUCACUUUUUGGAUGCUAAUGGGAAAUUUGUAAAACGAGAUGCAUUUAUGCCCUUUUCUGCAGGAAGAAGAGCUUGCGUUGGAGAAAGUUUGGCCAGAAUGGAGCUUUUCCUGUUUUUUACCGGCCUUCUACAAACCCUCACUUUUUGCCCACCUCCAGGAGUCUUCAAAGAAGAUAUAAGUCUCAAGCCUGGCAUUGGGUUCACUUUGGUCCCUUUGCCACACUUAGUAUGUGCAAAGCUGAAUUACUAGU